GGCGCAUCGGUGAUGCCUUUCUUCCGCUAUUGUUUAAAUUGUAAACCGUUAACGCGCGCCAACGACCUGUUCAAUCAAAAUAUUGUGUAUCAAAAGCCUCCUAAAAAGAUCAUGUCACGGUGUAGAGGGGAAUAAUUGCCAAAAAUCUGGAGCUAAUUUUUGUGCGGGCCUUUCUCAUGGGUUAGGAAGCCAUGGAAGAAGUUUUGUCCAGCCUAGCUCACGAUGCCACGUCGAACAAAGUUAAGACUGUUCGGGACGCGUGUAUUUCGGCGACGGGUAAGCUACGUGCCGUUGGGCAAAAGUCUCUGCUGAAUGAACGAAAGGCUGAUUAUCUCGGUUUUCGCUUUUCAGAUGGUUUAUUCAUCAAUCGUAAUGGAACGCGAAAAAUGCAACCACACGAGCUUAGGUAAGAAAUUCACAGUAAAGGCCCUUACGCCUUGUCACUCUGGUACGGGUAGGAAAGCGGAGGCAGUGAUGGAUGUUUUAAGAGCAGCUAAAGACAGCGUCCUGUUCUUUUUCUCAGGGAGAAGUGUUUCUUGCCUCUCAAACUUGCUCUGGAAUCAAGAUCAAGCAAAUUAUCUCUCCACGCCAUAAACGGACUACAGGUUAGGAACUUUUUUUUCGUAAGAGACUUAUUUGAGGCUAUGACUCUUGUUAUUUUCUGUUUUGCACGGUCAAUGAAUGGGAAUAGUGUUAUUAAUUAAUGAACGCCUUUGAUGAAAGGGGUUUGAAGUUAAACCAAUUCUACGGAUGAGAAAUCCGGGUCUUCCGAGAAAACGAGCUAGAAUAUGGCACGAUAGAAAAGAAAAGAACGUAAUUAAUCCGAGAAAACAAAUACCUCAUUUCCAUUACUGUUUAUUAGGAUAUCAUUUUAGGGAUGGAAACAAUAUUGAAUUUUGUCCCUCUAAUUUGAAUCUCUGCUGUUUCUUAAGUUUGAAUUCUUAUCAUUAACUUUCAUUUCCAUGACAAGCUUCCGUAACUUCGAUACAGGGUAUCAUUUGCAGAAAUAUGGAGCAUUAUCACCCCAUGAUGAAAAACUUUACAAAAAUACGACAAUAUAUAUUAACAGUGUUUAUGCCAAUAUGUCUCAAUUCCAACUCCAGUUUGUAUUGAAUCAGCUGACUGAAUAAUAAUUUAUUUCUUAAUUUUCUAAAUUGAUUUUUUUCGCUCUCUCCUACCUCUGAUUAUUCUCUUUGCGCAUUAUUGUGUCCUCGAUUUUAUUAUCGCUUACAAAAAAGAACGUGUUUGUUUUGGACACUUUUCCGAGUACUUCCCGCUAAUUCACACUUUUUGAGUUUCCACUAUCCCAUCUACAGGAGCGUUAUUUAACAGGCUUUCACUAAUGGGAGGUCCGAUCAUGAAAAUGGAACACUUUUAACAUUCGUCUGACAAAACUAUUUGUUCAGGCUUCCACAGUAGCUACAGCAACUGUCUUUACUAAAAGUGGCCUUGUUUUAGGUCUGUUAACCGUUAAUCUCAAAGAAAGAAGAUUUUCUCGUUAUUAACAUGGAACUAUUAACCUUGCUCUAGAUCUAAACCAAAACAAGGCAUUUUUAGCUGAGUACAUUUAGAGAGAUUAGUUUCUAAAGAAUCUCUCAUUUAUGUUUGGUACCACUAUAAAUAAUUUAUUCCAUCCUCGUGGAAUAGAUCAAUCGCUCGUAUUUAUUAAUGUCAGCUUGAAAUGCGCGUUAAUUUUGGUCUUAUCUCUCCCCAUAACCUGUCGUUUACGAGAAAUUAUAAUUUGGACAAAAGUGGUUAACUCGGGCGAUAAAUUUUCUUAAAAUGCGAAUCUUUGUACCGAGUUUAUAUUCUUUCUUCGUUGGUAGGUAGAGUAAAUUGUACGCCCGCGGCCCCGUGUAUCUCAGCUCCCGUGUGCCACGUACAUCUCAAUAAAUUGGAUGCAACAUCUUGUUGCUCAAGGAAUCCUACAGUUGCGUUUGUUAUACAAAAUACCAGAAAAGGCUCGCUUUUCGAUAACGCGUCCCUGCCGUUUGGUAACCUGUUAUUGUCAAUUCAUGACUUUCAGGCUAGUUUUUCGUCCUUUUGUUCGUUACAAUCACCAUCACAAAAGUGAAUCAUUUGGCCCUGGUUUAAGCCCGUUGCGUUUUCGUCUUGAGUUAAAAAUUGAGAUUUGUUUUUCGUCUCAAAAGUAGGAAUGUAAACGCUCACUAAGAUAUCAAAUGCGUUUCGUCAAUAGUCCGAGAUUUAAAUUUCACACCAGCAUUUCUGCCGGUCGUUUUAAGUGUCGAUACCUGUAAUAUUCGUCACCAGAGAGAAAAGAGAGUCUUAGUUUUAAAUAACACUUCAAAUGACAUGAUUAUUGGAGUUAUAACAACCAAGUGAUUCAAUACCAUACAUUAAUCCACAGAGUCUUUUCGCUUUUAUGUUGGUUUAUUGAUUGAAAAGAAGUAGGGCGGAGAUAAAUAUUGCCUUUUUGCGUCAACUUUUGCACUUAAAAUUUUCCAUUGUUUAUAACAGAGUUCAUUCCGUUUCCAGAAUGAAUAGGAGUUCGACUUCAAGCCAGGUUAUGUCCCCACUGAGAACGUUUAUUCUCUACUCGUCCAACCUGAGGUUUUGUUCACACAUACUCCAUAAUUAUAAACGAAGGCAACGAAAACGUAAAAAAUGCGAACAAGGUCGAGUAGGCAAAACAACAACUUUGCACGUGCAGCAAAGUUUUUGGUACAUUUCUUCGCCGUCACUGUACGACUAUUACGUUAAAAUGCCUACUUCGAUUUCCACGUGACCCAACUGAGAGACGACAAAAUUUUCUUUCUCUUUCUGGACUUGGACAUUGUCAUUAGGGAUUCAACUCCAGAAGGGUUCGUAGACUUUCCAAAAGUCCUUCGUCGGAUUUCAUAUGGUGCGGGACGAAGGACGACCUCUCGCGACUUCGUCGCUCGCGGUCGGCCCCUUCACGGCCAAAAAGGGCUCGCUCCGCUCGCCAAGAGGUCGACUUGUAGCAAGUCUAAAGGGUUCGCUAUCCUGUAGAGUCGUUAAUUCGCGUUUUAAGGCGAAGUUUUCGUCGCGGUCACCGUCGUGGUAUCUUAAACUCCCUAUUAUAAAUGUUUACCGCUGUCUACAAGACAUGGGGGACCGUUUGUGAAAAUAUCGAUUCACUCACGAUUGCUUACGUGUGGAUGGAAGGUUCAAACGCCCGUUAAAAGUCUAUAUGCGCUUACAAACUUAUUGUGAACAUGGCCUGUGAAGGUCGCUACAGUCGAAGCUCUUCUUGCGACAAUUCAUCCAGCCAAAACUUCAACUUGAAUAGUGAAACCACGUUUGAAAAGUUUUGGUAAGCGACGGCUUCGGUUUGCGCGGACCACCAUCCCUUCGGUGAAAUACCCUGAAGGUCAUUUCGUCUGCUUUUAAGUUCCCUAAAGAGACCACUUUAUCCCGGGGAGGGGGACUUAUGGGAAGUUUGGUUGGGGUGUGUCGUUGAGGCAUUUAAUGUGAAGGGUAUCCUUACUUAUUAAAGGAAAACUAGCGCUAAAGAAAUCAUUGCAAAAGUCAGAAUUCACAGUUGACGUAAAUAGCAAAGUUAAAACCUUGUCUUUCAACCGUACAGUCAUUGGUAUGAUGACCGAGCGUAAUCAACAUUCACACAAAAUCUGUAGUAGCAAUGAGAAUUUUCCAAGCAAAGUCCAUGACAUUUUCAUUAGUUAAACUUCAUGUUCUACGUGGCUUUGCCGCGUUCGUGUAGUUUUGACAGUACGAAUACAGAGUUCAAAUAAUACUCUUUGUGUCAGAUAUAGCAUUACUCAGUGCUCAUAGCUAUUAGCUGUUACUUUCCUUUUGAAUUCUGUCUAAUAUCUAAAUAGCAGCUACUAAAAUACGCUGUCAUUGCCUUUUAUUUAAUAUGUUCUCAUUUGUCAUCAUGACCGACAGGCAUCAUUAAAUGAAAACGAUGUGUUAUUUACAAUAUAGUGUCUCUCCUGUUAAUACUGCAACCGUCAUUACCAUAUCGUUCGUACAUUGUCUAAAUCAAACUACUUCUAGAGCUUUUUUUCUUCCUUUGACUUGAAGCAGAACCAAAACGCUAACGACUUAUGCUUAAAUCACUUGCCACCCAUGUCGAAUCACUUACACGAAACGGUAGAAGAAUUUUCUAGCUUGCAUACAGACGUCUCCUUUGCCAGAGUGAGAGAAAGAUUUGGUAUAUAAUUUUCUUUUCUGACAACCAAACUUUGAAAAACUAAGGCACUCAAAGGAAUGCCCCCUGGUGAAGUUUUUUUAAGAAAUAAAGACGUUAUAAAAAGUCAUUUUCCACAACUUAAAAUGACUUUUCUAUUCUAUUUUUACGAGGUUUUACUUUGAUAGCGCUCUUCUAUCACAGUUCACAAGGUUUUCGUACAUGUUAUCUACAUCGCUUUGACGACUUUGAUGGUUCCCAAUUAUGGACUGACAAACUAAUUCUUCAAGUGUGAGCAUCCGUUUAUUUUAAUAAACCGAUGGUCACAGGAGCCCAUACCCGGAGCGAGCAACUCCUAUACUAGACCUAUGUCACGGCGUUUUUACGGACCAGUUUAUUUUUAGAUACAUUUUAGAGCACUUUUUCUAGCCUGCGUAGCAGGUGCUUGGAAGUAGUGGGCGCAAGAAAGAACUGGCUCACAAGAGGGAGACACGCGAGGGGAGAGGGAACUCCCUCUCUCCUCGCGUGUCUCCCUCUCGCGCGCCCGUUCUUUCUUGCGCCCACUACUUCCAAGCGCCUGCUACACAGGCUACACUUUUUCCCGCGAAAAUAGAAUCUCCACCAUGUCCUCUAUGAGCGCAUUCGAAGUAUAAGAUUUCAAAGAGGAAAACUGUACUAAACGUUAGGUUUUGCUGACUGAAUUGUAAAAUUUAAAAGAUAUUCAAAAUUCGCGCCAAAACCGUUGUAAAAAUAAACUGGUCCCGGAAAACGUCGUCACACGAACGCAUGCAAGUUGCUCGCUCCGAGUUAUAGGCUCUUGAUGGUCAUAACUGAGCCCGCUGUACCAAGCGCAGGAAUAUCAGACUCGAAGCUGUAUCCUGGCAACACGCAGCGCAUGCUCAACAAAGAUCGUACUCAAUUCCUGCUAAGUCUUUCUCAAGUACGCCAAAAUCGAGCAAGCGAAAGAAAAGGUCUACUAGCAGGAUUCCAAUAAUGCAAAAUAAAUCGAUCAAAAUCAAAAAUGUUUUGGAGUGAAAGUCGUACAAGGAGUAGAAAAUAGAACCUUUCAAACCGCACCACUCCCCCUCCAAAACAUCUUGAAUGUUCAAUUGCGAGGUUCCGAAUUCUAUGGAACCCAUCAAAUUUGUCAAAAAUUUGAAAAACACUAGUUGUAAAAGAUGUCCAAUAUCUUGUGUGUUAUUGAUAUGUCAAUAUGUUGUGCAGUAUUGGUGAGCGCCAUAUUCGCUGUAAUUCAAAUUUUGGGUUGAGUAAGUAAAGUAAGCAAAAUGAUGAGUAACUAAAGUAUUAUACCAAACCACCCCUCAAAUUUACAAUCUUAUGACAAAAGUGACAUGAUCACAUAUCACACGUGGCAAAGCGCUAAUUAAUGCGUAUUUAUUUUGCUAGUUUUGCUCAUUUGACAGUUUGACUUUUUGACGAAUUCAAUUUUUAGAAGCUGAUUUCUGAUGACCGUUUCCGGUCGGAGAAUGAGGAAGACCCCGAAAGCCAACUUCCGGUUCAAUUCCUGUCCACAGUAGCGUCCACUCCCUCUCUGGCAGACGAAGUACAAGUGGAAGUGAUGAAGGUCCGUCUCAUUAUGUCUUUAUUUUCCUUUUAUAUAUCAGUAUUGCAUAAAUUAGAUAUUAAGCUUUAAGGUCGACUGAGAUAGCGUGUUUUAAUUGCGUUAAAAGUGUGGCUCUUUGAUUCUUUGCUCGGUGCCCUCAAAGGCACCGCUCUCAAGAAACUGAAAGCAAAUAAACGGCGCUUAAAGAACAAACCUUUAGACAAAAGUAUAGACUAAUAUAUAUGUCACUACGGGACUUUCUCAAUUCAACUCUUCGUUUCUUUUCAGACUUUUUUUUAUCUAGGCAGUUUUUCAUUUCAGCUAAACAGGCCAAAGAUAUGAAUUUCCUAGGGUAAAUUAAAUAAAACUUUACACGUGUAAUUUACAAGUGUAACUAUUGUUGUCAGACUCUAAAACAAUGGCUACACUUGUAAAUUUUUUAUUAAAUUGACCCACGUUUCUUUCUCCAAUUUAUAUUACGAGAGACACUUUGAAAACUUUCUGCUUUCUAAUUCAAUGAGAUAAUAAGCAUGUUCAACAUGAUUUCUUCAUAACUGUACCUUUUAGGCGCUUCAUCUUUGUUAACAAAGACUGUAUGUUACUUUUUGUCAUUCAAUAACAGCUUUUACUGAUUAUAACCUGUUCCGCUUCUUGUGAAGUACACGGGGAAUAUCUCAUCAAACUAGCGGAGGUGAGGCUUAUAAUUAGUGAUAAUAAACUUGGGUUUGCAUGAACUUUUCCGAUCGAGUCAUACAAGAUUUAAGACGGAUUAAAGCAAUUACUUUGCCAAUCAGGACGCCCCAAAACAAUUCAAAAAACUAAUCAGAGCCGGAGGAAAACAUUUCCAGCCUGCGAAAAGCGCGAAUAGGCAUCUGGAAAACAAAGUGUGAGCAAGUCAUUAGUGGUUUUUGCCCUUUGAUUGGACGAGGUCAGUCUUCUUGGGUAAGGGUUAUCGGCCUGAAGCGAGGGGUAAACGCACGAGGCGAAUAAAUCACAUAACCACGAGCUGAAGGCCGAUAAACGGCUUAUUUUUACAUUGGCGAGGAUUCCUCAAAGGAUGCAAAAAUACAGUGACGAAAAAUGUCUCUAUUGUUCAUCAUUAUUUUGUUUUUUAACACUCCAUGCUGGCACAGGCGGCAUUUAAAAGAUCCUCGGCGUUUUAAUUAUGUUAGUUUUUCAAAGUCGCAUUUCAAAUUAGUUGUUCGCAGUGAAUGCUAGAAACAGCCGAAAGAGUCAGAAGUAGAGCCGUUUAUUACUCAAAAUAAAGCAGCUUCGGUGGAGGUACUGCGAUUGAGCUUUCGAAAAACAAUUAUGAAUCUUCAUUUGCGGGUGCAAACAACGAGCAAGCAGUUGAGAAUUUCAAUUUUCGCACUGAUGAUCUUUCGACCGACCGGCAUGUUUACAGACAAAGAAGAUUCCGGGCGAGGGAUCACUACAAGGAAAUUCAGUCGAGGAAUAAAGCAAGAAUACCACAAAACACGAAGAGGCCAACUACAUGUCUUCAUGGAGGUCGCGAGUUUGGGUUGACUGGUUAAAGAACGGAACACCUUAUCCAGCGACAUGAACCAACAACUAAGAAUAUCCGUGAAUGUGGCGCAAAAGAAACACUGCUCAGUUUAAUUUUAGUAAUUAUGGCUUCGUGUUUAAUAUUUCCAAUAAGCUUUUGUAAAUUUUUUCUUAGCUUUUCUUUAUGAACAGCUAAUUGAAAUGCGAGGGGAUUAUGUAUUAGUAUGCAGGGGGAAUAAGUCACUUAUCUCCCUUGCAUACUAAUACAUAAUCCCCUCGCAUUUUAAUUAGCUGUUCAUUAGCCCCGCUCUGCCCUCCAAACAAUCAAAGCCGCACCCAGCUUUUCAGACAGUUCAUCCAGGGGUUAUGUAAUAUAUUCCCCCCGAAAAGAACAAAGGAAUCCGAGCUUAUGUAAAAAUAAGAAUUGUUAACCAAUUGCAAAGACUAAACCCGUGUAAACUGAUAAAAGAAAUACAAUGACACAAAGCUUGAGAUUUGGGAUAGAGAGGUCACUCCAAUUUGUGUGCACAGUGUCUGCUUUGAAGAUUCAAACAUUGUGUGGUUACCUAAAACUGCGAUUCUACAAAUUCCCAAUUUUUGAACACCGCUAUUGACAGGACAGUUAAUGUUAUUUUCAGAGAAAAGAGUCUUAGCUUACUCUUCAUAGCUGAAGUAAACUUAGUAUAAUUCGUUUGAAUUUUAACAGCCUAACUUCUUUGUGGAAACUAAAACUUGUGUAUAAGAAACAUAUAAUAGUCACUAUACGGAUUUAUCCAGUGUGGGUGAUGCGAAUACCCUGGUUAAUUUUUGUGACCUAUAGGCCUUUUCUUAUGAUAAAGAAAUGAUAAGACACGGGUGAUAAGACCAACAUUUCUUUUUCGGAGGUGUAUAGUAGUGGGGGAACUAAAUUUGUUAAACGAUUCAACUUAAAGGGUAACAAGUUACAUCUACUUCAAUUUCGACAGAUAUGCAUCGAAACCUACUCUCGCUCUCAUCAGGUCGCUACCAAGACAGCGUGUCGAGCCACCUUAACACAAAUGCUAAGCUCAGUAUGUCACCGUCUACAAGACAGUCUGGCUAGUCACGUGGUAAGAAAAAAGAAACUAAGCAAGCGCAGUCAAAAGCGUGAGCUCUGGUGUCGAGAAUGAUAUUAGAACUACAGACUUGUUAAGCCGCACUUUGUCUCCAGUAGUGACAAUUUAUGAUGCAGUUGUCUAGCGUGAGCAUCUUCUUUUGCGGGACUAUAAAGUUUCUUAUGUAAGAUUACCGUUAAACGACUGUUUACAAUGCAUGGUUACCAAAUGAAUGUAACUGUUUAUGUGGAAAUUGGGCUUAUAAAUAAGCUAAGUGGACUGGAGAGACAGCCCAAGAAAUUACACUAAAUACGUUUAAUGUUAUAUAUGAUUAUUGUGGUUUUAUUUCAGACAUCUAAAAACUCCCCUUCAGAAUCCAAGAUCGUAAAACGUAAGUCUUAUUCUGUUUUCGUGAUCUUACAACAACCUGUCAUUCGAAACAGUGAAUGUGACAAAAGUAUUAGAAUUUACCACGAAACCAUGAGCUAGUAUGAAUAAAAUCUUCUACCGCGGCUGUAGAGUUGUGGAGUUUCAAAUUCAUCUGAAUGUAAAACUGAACAAAAUCAUUUCCCUCAGACGAGAAAAAUGGACGAGGUGGCCGAAUUUAUUUUGUCCACGCCGACCGAGCCUAACGGAUAUAAAAUUCUCCCGGAUGGAUCAUUUGGUUCGUCUCUAGUCGUAAUUCUCUCUGAAGAUGCCAACCAAUCGCAUAAUUUCACAAUUUUAAUUUUUUUUGUGACGUCACACUUUUCUUCUCUCCCCCCUCUUCAUGUCUGCAGACACAAACCAUGCUUCAGAUCAAGCCAAGCUGUUAAGUCAAGACGUGGUGUUGUUACUUAAACAUUUCUGCUUCAGGCUUACCGCUGGACCAAGGUGGGUGGAAAAUAAAAUAAUUAGUCACUUUAAUGUAGAAAACACAGAGAAAAAAUCCAAAAAUGUUUGAUCCUAAAAUGAGCUAAAAAAAUACAGUUGAGUUUACUUUACAGCGAAGAAAACUUCAAUAAAAGCUUAUCAGUACGAAAUAUUUUCAACUGAUCAAACUUCAGAGACGAGAGUUAGUAUACGUUCACGUGUCUUUUAUUUUCUUUUAUGUCGCUGGAGAAUGUUGUAGGGGUUGGAUUCUUUUGAGAGUUAAUAAUUCAGUCUUCAACAAAAAGUUAUAUUCAUUCUUGAGUUUUUAAGGGAUACUUUAGUAAAAUUUCCUUUUACCAGCCAAAAAACAACUAUGGCAAAUAAAAAUGCUAAUUAGUUGAGGGAAAUAUGGUGUACAAUAAUCAUAAGCAGUAAUUUCUUUUAUAUACAAUAUCUCAAAAAAUAGAAAACCGACAAAAUAAUUCCAAUCAAAUUCAAUCCUCUCUUCAGCGAACAUACAUUGAUACCGUUCAAACUUUUUUCACAAAAAAUCUGUUUCAAACUUAAUAUAGAAAGUCCUUCUAACAGACAUUUUGGUAAAGUUUACAAACCAUCCAGUGUUUAACUAAGUUCUUUGUUAAGUAGAAUUGAAGCGCUAUGUGGCUUUACUUUAAGAUGCGACGUGAUCCGUGUUUUCUCCUUCUUUUCUAUAGCUCAGCAUGAAACAAGUAGGAGAAACACGAUUCCCAAGCACGCAACUAUAAAAAAGAUAAACAUUCAAAUUCGUCUCCAAAGUUUUUAGUUUUUACUAUUGUCAGUGGUGAAUAUUGGUUCUUCGAAAAUCCUUGACUUUCUGUUACAAAGAAAUCUUCCAGUCCACCUUUGAGUUUUCAGUUGGUUUGCUUCUACUUUUCCGUUUCGUGACCUUGGAGUUGUGUUUGCAACAUCACCUUGACUGGCAUAGAAAUUGUGGACUAUUUCUGCAGGCCUUCUAUGAACUAAGAAAAUCACACUUCUGGAGUCCAAACCCCUUAUUCAAUCAAUCGAGUAAGGCUCUGACCUUCGUGGCCUUUCCAAGUCCGAUUUAAGGCUAAGUCAGAGUCUGAUAUCAUUUCUUCCAGCACUGUGCCAGUUCAAGGCAGUCAAGCCAUCCCUCUCUAUUUGGAAGCCAUCUUGGUUAUGCUUAGCAGCCUUUCUACAGCUCUGCAGCAGGAAAAAGAAUUCAUUAACGUUAUUUGGUAAGUUAGAAAUCUUGCAUUUUGUUGUUGUUGUUGUUUUUUUUUUUAAACGUUGGUAAAUGUACAUAUUAUUCGACCCUCCAGUGUCCAAAUGUUACCCAUAGUAAAAAUGUUAACAAAAUGAAUUUUGUUAGCAAGUGGAUUUCUAUUUGUCCAAAGGCUUACCGCUAUCUUUCGUCAUCUGAAUUGAAAAAUGGGAUCCUAGCCUAUAUGCCUUAUUACGUUGUAAGUUUGUUGAUUUAUCACUUUGAAAACUAUUGAAUACUGGUUGAAUUUUAAACUUAUACAACAGCUUUUGGUUUAAUUGAUUGAUUGUUUCGAGUUUUCAUCGCUACACUUUGGUUCGCAUCCAAAUCCCUCGUCCCUUUGUUUGUAAUUUGUCGGAGAUCAAACCCGUACUAUCCCGCAAGCACAUGUAUUUUUAGUUGUGAUAUGUCUAUAUUGCCUGUUUUCAUUGGCAAGAUAAGAUGAUUUGAAAUUCUUGGGAUGUAACUUAGAAAAUUCAAACUCGUCCCCAGGGCUUUCCCUCGCUAUUAAGGAGAUUUUGAGGGAAAAGUCCAGGGGAGGACGCUGCAACUUGUUUCUGAUAACAUCGCCAUUUAAUUAACCAAUAAGAUCAAAACUAGAGUUUAAUACCAUCAACUGACGUGAUUCAACUAAUUUUGACCCAGAAGGUGACUUCCACACAGGUUGUUGAAACGUCAGUCACUGUCAACAAUUUGCCCCAUGUGAGGUUAUUCGGAUUCUGGAAUCUGGCAAAUAUUUGCUUGGGGAAUACGUAAUCCCGGGCUUUGGAAUCAGGAAUGCAUCUCACGGAAUCGGGAAUCCUGAAUCCAAGUUCCACUGACAACGAAUCCGGAAUCAAGUACCUGGAAUCCGGACUCCACAGAGUGGAUUCCGGAAUCCAAGCCUGUCUCGGAUUACCUUACAUAAGAGAAAUUUAACAACAGUCCUAUUCACGACUACACUCACCCGGACGAUCAUAAUCCAACCACUUAUGAAAAGACUUUAGAGUUCAAACCUUUCACUCUUUCUCUUGAUCAGGCAACUCCUGUGUCCAGCUCUUAUCCAGUUACUGGGUAGCCCCUUGACAGACCUAAACAAACGUCCUAAAGCCAACACUCAGUUCCAAGAGGAAAUCAAUCGAGGCGGCCGGGGAAUAGGGAACUUCGCCAAGUCGACAGCAAUUGUGGGUCCAAUUCCGCGGACCAUAUAUAACAUAGCCACAGAGCUCCUGCGUCUGGUGGGUCCUUUAGCCGCCAUGAGACCUGUUUUAGAAUCGCUGUUUCAUCGCAUUAUUCUCUAUCCCCCAGCACAGCAGAGGACAGAGGCACUCAGAGCUUUGAAAGAGGUACGGUGAACUUUUAUAAUAAACAAAUAAUACUCUUUUAUUUGGAAGGUUUUCUUCUAUGGUCACCCUUAUCUGUGGAAAAAAGGGAUUGAAGAAAAAUUAUAUUAGCAUUAUAUAAGAGACAAGCGAUAUACACCUAGAAUAUCUGAGUGAUGUGUACGUAUCCGAUCAAAACACGAAAAGACCACCAGGUCAAAGAAAACUACCGCCUCUACAACAUGGGUGUAAACUAAUCACAGACUGGGUAAAUUAUCGUGAAGGCACUAGAAUCUGUUCUCUUGUAUCAUUUUCUCUUGUUUCAGUAACUGAAGGAGAUCAUGUGCCCCAUAAAGAAUAGCCUUCACAGCAUGGGUGCAAGCGUGAUUUUAAAUAUAUUGAAUGAAAUGCCGGGCACGAAGAUCGGUUUUCGUGCUUGAUGUAAAAACAACGUUGUCUCACAGCAUGAGUCUAUUCACGAUACCAGACGAACAUGAUACUAUAUCAUGGGGCGCGGGAAAUUUGUUCCUUGGUAUCUCAUUUCUCGUAUCAUCUUCCUUUGUUCAUUAUCAGUUUAUGAGUCAGUGUCCCCGUUUGUUGGUAUACCUUUGACUAGGUUAUCCUGGACUGUAUGUCGCCAGGCCCAGAGAAGGGUCGUUAAUAAUUAGAUCUUUGAUUCGUCCCUAGUUUCUUUCCAGUCCUCAGCGGCUUUUGGAUGCAGCAGGGCCCACAAUUAUCGACAAGGAUAAUCCCCCGUCACCUGACUCCCCGACCGAGCAGAAAAAAACUGAACUUGAUUUACUGCGACUGUAAGUACAAACAUAAUGGUUGUUUGUCUAACGUAUCUCUGACUGAAUUUGAAUCUGAAAUGCUGGUAUUUUGGAGGGAGAAAAACCGGAAUCUCAGACAAGAUUUCUAAAAGCAGAGUCAAGAGUGACCAAUAGCCUCCACUCACAUAUGAACGCUCAGUCUAAGAAUCGAACUUACGUUACAGAACUUAGAAGUGAUCACCAGCGUAUUGGCCUAAGCACCAACCGAAUUUCUUUGAUAGGGAAAUGAAGAAUGUCUAUAAUAACUUAGCAGACUCCACAAUCCUUAUCUUGUGAUUAAUACCGAUUUUUAGGAGAUUUCAAUCACUGCUAGACUUUCUGAACUGUUCUUAAUGUUGAGUCAAUCUAAAAACAAUUUCCUGAAGCUUCACGCGAUUUUCCGUCUUUUUAAAAGGCUAAGGCGUGUCUUCGCAUUAAUUGCAGUCCAAAAUAAUGGUCAAGUUUUGUUAUUUUUUAGUCAAGAUUAUAUUUAGGCAUAGAAACUGUUUCCUGUCGUCUGGUGCUAUGGAUGGACAUGGAUUAAACUUGAAAAAGUGGGGCUUAAAUUUUCAAAGUUUUAGUGCUAUGCCCGCAAAAGUCAGCACAAAAGGGCUUCAUGAUGAAUUUUUAAUGAAACCCUCACUAUACAAGAGCAUUUUUCUAUAUGGGUAAAGACGUCAGCACAGAACUGACUAAAACCAAGAAGAUCCUUGUGUCAUUACUUGUUUCUAGCUUGAUGGACGGCAUCGUUGAAUCAGCCCGCUGCGCCGACAGUACAGUGGUCAGCUGCAGUGUAGCAUGCGUGGUAGCUCUAUUAGGAUCAUUGGAAGAUUUAAGUCAAGGGCGAGGACUUAGUGACGAACAUAUCGAGUUCCUGAGCAAAAUGAAGGAGACUGAUAACUGGGAAAUACUCAAAGAACAGUACAACAACGCUGCUAUUUUUACAUUGGCGAGGAUUCCUCAAGGGAUGCAAAAAUACAGUGACGAAAAAUGCCUCUAUUGUUCAUCUUUCUUUUGUUUUUUAACACUCCAUGUUGGCACUAGUGGCAUUCACAAGAUCCUCGGCUUUUUAAUUAUGUUAGUUUUUCAAAGUCGCAUUUCAAAUUAGUUGUUCGCAGUGAAUGCUAGAAACAGCCUAAAGGGUUAGAAGUAGAGCCGUUUAUUACUCAAACUAAAGCAGCUUCGGUGGCGGUACUGCGAUUGAGCUUUCGAAAAACAAUUAUGAAUCUUCAUUUGCGGGUGCAAACAACGAGCAAGCAGUUGAGAAUUUCAAUUUUCGCACCGACGAUCUUUCGAACGACCUGCAUGUUUACAGACAAAGAAGAUUACGGGCAAGGGAUCACUACCAGAAAAUUCAGUCGAGGAAUAAAGCAAGAAUACCACAAAACACGAAGAGGCCAACUAUUGCGAUUCUACAAAUUCCCAAUUUUUGAAUACCGCUAUUGACAGGCAAGUUAAUGUUAUUUUCAAAGAAAAGAGUCCUAGUUUACCCUUCAUAGCUGAAGUAAACUAAGUAUAAUUCGUCGGAAUUUUAACAGUCUAACUUCUUUGUGGAAACUAAAACUUGUGUAUAAGAAACAUAUAAUAGUCACUAUACGGAUUUAUCCAGUGAGGGUGAUCCAAAUACCCUGAUUAAUUUUUUGUGACCUAUAGGCCUUUUCUUAUGAUAAAGAAAUGAUAAGACCCAGGUGAUAGGACCAACAUUUCUUUUUCAGAGGCAUAUAGUAGUUGAGGAACUAAAUUUGUUAAACGAUUCAACUUAAAGGGUAACAAGUUACAUCUACUUCAAUUUCAACAGAUAUGCAUCGAAACCUACACUCGCUCUCAUCAGGUCGCUACCAAGACAGCGUGUCGAGCCACCUUAACACAAAUGCUAAGCUCAGUAUGUCACCGUCUACAAGACAGUCUGGCUAGUCACGUGGUAAGAAAAAAGAAACUGAUCACGCGCAGUCAAAAGCGUGAGCUCUGGUGUCGAGAAUGAUAUUAGAAAUGAAUUUUGUUCUACAGACUUGUUAAGCCGCACUUCAUCUCCAGUAGUGACAAUUUAUGAUGCAGAUGUCUAGCGUGAGCAUCUUCUUUUGCGGGACUAUAAAAUUUCUAACAUAAGGUUACCGUUGAACGCUUGUUUAGAGUGCAUGGUUACCAAAUCAAUUUAACUGUUUAUGUGGAAAUUGGGCUUAUAAAUAAGCUAAGUGGACUGGAGAGACAGCCAAAGAAAAGACACUAAAUACGUUUAAUGUUAUACAUGAUUAUUGUGGUUUCAUUUCAGACAUCUAAAAACUCCCCAUCAGAAUCCAAGAUCGUAAAACGUAAGUUUUAUUCUGUUUUCCUGAUCUUAGAACAACCUGUCAUUCGAAACAGUGAAUGUGACAAAAGUAUUAGAAUUUACCAUGGAACCAUGAGGUGGCAUGAAUAAAAUCUUCCAGCGCGGUUGUAGAGUUGUAGAGUUUCAAAUUUUUCUGAACGUAAAUCUGAAAAAAAUCAUUUUCCUCGGGCGAGAAAAAUGGAUAAGGUGGCCGAAUUUAUUUUGUCCUCGCCGACCGAGACCGAUAGAAAUUUCUCCCAGAUGGAUCAUUUAGUUUGUCUCAAGUCGUAAUUCUUUCUGAAUGUGCCAACCAAUCCCAUAAUAUCACAAUUUUUUUUCUUCUCUCCUCCCUCUUCAUGUAUGUAGACACAAACCAUGCUUCAGAUCAAGCCAAGCUGUUAAGUCAAGACGUGGUGUUGUUACUCAAACAUUUCUGCUUCAGGCUUACCGCUGGACCAAGGUAGGUGGAAAAUAGAAUAAUUAGUCACUUUAAUGUAGCAAACAUAGAGAAAGAAUCUAAAAAUGUUUGAUCCUAAAAUGAGCUCAAAAAAAAAAAAUACAGUUGAGUUCACUUUACAGCGAAAAAAACUUCAAAAAAAACUUAUCAAUACGAAAGAUUUUCAACUGAUCAAACUUCAGAGAUGAGAGUUAGUAUACGUUCACUUUGUUUUCUUUUUAUGUCGCUGGAGAAUGUUGUAGGGGUUGGAUUCUUUUGAGAGUUAAUAAUUCAGUCUUCAACAAAAAGUUAUAUUCAUUCUUGAGUUUUUAAGGGAUACUUUNACACUUUUCUUCUCUCCCCCCUCUUCAUGUCUGCAGACACAAACCAUGCUUCAGAUCAAGCCAAGCUGUUAAGUCAAGACGUGGUGUUGUUACUUAAACAUUUCUGCUUCAGGCUUACCGCUGGACCAAGGUGGGUGGAAAAUAAAAUAAUUAGUCACUUUAAUGUAGAAAACACAGAGAAAAAAUCCAAAAAUGUUUGAUCCUAAAAUGAGCUAAAAAAAUACAGUUGAGUUUACUUUACAGCGAAGAAAACUUCAAUAAAAGCUUAUCAGUACGAAAUAUUUUCAACUGAUCAAACUUCAGAGACGAGAGUUAGUAUACGUUCACGUGUCUUUUAUUUUCUUUUAUGUCGCUGGAGAAUGUUGUAGGGGUUGGAUUCUUUUGAGAGUUAAUAAUUCAGUCUUCAACAAAAAGUUAUAUUCAUUCUUGAGUUUUUAAGGGAUACUUUUGUAAAUUUCAUUUUACCAACCAAAAAACAAAUAUGGCAAAUAAAAACGCUAAUUAGUUGAGGGAAGUAUGGUGUACAAUAAUCAUAAGCAGUAAUUUCUUUUAUAUACAAUACGUCAAAAAACAGAAAACCGACAAAAUAAUACCAAUCAAAUUCUUUCCUCUCUUCAGCGAAGACACAUUGAUACCGUUCAAAAGUUUUCACAACAAAUCUGUUUCAAACUUAAUAUAGAAAGUCCUUCUAACAGAAAUUUUGGUAAAGUUUAUAAACCAUCCAGUGUUUAACAAAUUCCUUUGUUAAGUAGAAUUGAAGCGCCAUGUGGUUUUACUUUAAAAUGCGACGUGAUGCGUGUUUUCUCCUUCUUUUCUUUAGCUCAGCAUGAAACAAGUAGGAGAAACACGAUUCCCAAGCACGCAACUAUAAAAAAGAUAAACAUUCAAAUUCGUCUCCAAAGUUUCUAGUUUUGCUAUUGUCAGUGGUGAAUAUUGGUUCUUCGAAAAUCCUUGUCUUUCUGUUACAAAGAAACCUUCCAGUCCUCCUUUGAGUUUUCAGUUGGUUUGCUUCUACUUUUCCGUUUCGUGACCUUAGAGUUGUGUUUGCAACAUCACCUUGACUGGCAUAGAAAUUGUGGACUAUUUCUGCAGGCCUUCUAUGAACUAAGAAAAUCACACUUCUGGAGUCCAAACCCCUUAUUCAAUCAAUCGAGUAAGGCUCUAACCUUCGUGGCCUUUCCAAGUCCGAUUUAAGGCUAAGUCAGAGACUGAUAUCAUUUCUUCCAGCACUGUGCCAGUUCAAGGCAGUCAAGCCAUUCCUCUCUAUUUGGAAGCCAUCUUGGUUAUGCUUAGCAGCCUUUCUACAGCUUUGCAGCAGGAAAAAGAGUUCAUUAACGUUAUUUGGUAAGUUAGAAAUCUUACAUUUUGUUGUUGUUGUUGUUUUGUUUUUUAAACUUUGGUAAAAUGUACAUACUAUUCGACCCUUCAGUGUCCAAAUGUUACCCAUAGUAAAAAUGUUAACAAAAUAAAUUUUGUUAGCAAGUGGAUUUCUAUUUGUCCAAAGGCUUACAGUUAUCUUUCGUCAUCUAAAUUGAAAAAUAGGAUCCUAGGCUUUCAUGCCUUAUUACGUUGUAAGUUUGUUGACUUAUCACUGUGAAAACUAUUGAAUACUGGUUGAAUUUUAAACUUAUACAACAUCUUUUGUUUUAAUUGAUUGAUUGUUUCGAGUUUUCAUCGCUACACUUUGGUUCGCAUCCAAAUCGCUCGUCCCUUUGUUUGUAAUUUGUCAGAGAUGAAACCCGUACUAUCCCGCAAGUUCUAGUUGUGAUGUGUCCAUAUUGCCUGUUUUCACUGGCAAGGUCAGAUGAUUUGAGAUUUGGGAUGUAACUUAGAAAAUUCAAACUCGUCCCCAGGGCUUUCCUUCGCUGUUAAGGAGUUUUUAAGGGAAAAGUCCUGGGGAGGAGGCUGCAAGUUUUUUCUGAUAACAUUGCGAUUUAAUUAACCAAUCAGAUCAAUACUAGAGUUUAAUACCAUCAACUGACGUGAUACAACUCACUUUGACUUCGAAGAUGACAUCCAAACGGGUUGCUGAAACGUCCGUCAGUGUCAACAAUUUGCCCCAUGUGAGGUAAUUUGGAUUCUAGAAUCUGGCAAAUUUUUGCUUGGGGAAUCCGUAAUCCCGGGCUUUGAGAUCAGGAAUGGAUCUCAUGGAAUCGGGAAUCCUGAAUCCAAGUUCCACUGACAACGAAUCCGGACUCCACAGCGUGGAUUCCGGAAUCCAAGUCUGACUCAGAUUACCUUACAUAAGAGGAAAUUUAACAACAGUCCUAUUCACGUGUACACUCACCCGGACGAUCAUACUCCACGUACUUAUGAAAUGCCUCCUGAGUACAAGCCUUUCACUCUUUUUCUUGAUCAGGCAACUCCUGUGCCCAGCUCUUAUCCAAUUACUCGGUAGCCCCUUGACAGACCUAAACAAGCGCCCUAAAGCCAACACUCAAUUCCAAGAGGAAAUCAACAGAGGCGGCCGGGGAAUAGGGAACUUCGCCAAGUCGACGGCAAUUGUGGGCCCAAUUCCAAGGACCAUAUAUAACAUAGCCACAGAGCUCCUGCGUCUGGUGGGUCCCUUAGCCGCCAUGAGACCUGUUUUAGAAUCACUGUUUCAUCGCAUUAUUCUCUAUCCCCCGGCACAGCAGAGGACAGAGGCGCUGAGAGCUUUGAAAGAGGUAUGGUGAACUUUUUCAUCCGAAAGGAAUAAACAACAAAUAAUACUCUUUUAUUUGAAAGGUUUUCUUUUAUGGUCACCCUUAUCUGUAGAAAAAAGGAUUGGAUAAAAAUUAUACUAACAUGAUAUAACAGACAAGCGAUAUAUACCCAGAAUAUCUGAGUGAUAUGUACGUGUCUGAUCGAAACACGUAAAGACCACGAGCUCAAAGAAAACUACCGCCUCCACAACAUGGGUGUAACUAAUCACAGAUUGGGUAAAUUAUCAUGAAGGCUCGAGAAUCUGUUCUCUUGUAUCAUUUUCUCUUGUUUCAGUACCUGAAGGAGAUCAUGUGCCCCAUAAAGAAUAGCCUUCACAGCAUGGGUGCAGGCGUGAUUAUAAAUAUAUUGAAUAAAAUGCCGGGCACUAAGAUCUGUUUUCGUGCUUGAUGUAAAAAUNAGAGGUAUGGUGAACUUUUUCAUCCGAAAGGAAUAAACAACAAAUAAUACUCUUUUAUUUGAAAGGUUUUCUUUUAUGGUCACCCUUAUCUGUAGAAAAAAGGAUUGGAUAAAAAUUAUACUAACAUGAUAUAACAGACAAGCGAUAUAUACCCAGAAUAUCUGAGUGAUAUGUACGUGUCUGAUCGAAACACGUAAAGACCACGAGCUCAAAGAAAACUACCGCCUCCACAACAUGGGUGUAACUAAUCACAGAUUGGGUAAAUUAUCAUGAAGGCUCGAGAAUCUGUUCUCUUGUAUCAUUUUCUCUUGUUUCAGUACCUGAAGGAGAUCAUGUGCCCCAUAAAGAAUAGCCUUCACAGCAUGGGUGCAGGCGUGAUUAUAAAUAUAUUGAAUAAAAUGCCGGGCACUAAGAUCUGUUUUCGUGCUUGAUGUAAAAAUAACCUUGUUUAACAGCAUGAGUCUAUUCACGAUACUAGACAUACAUGAUACUACAUCAUGAGGCGCGGGAAAUUUGUUCCAUGGUAUCUCGUUUCUCGUAUCAUUUUCCUUUGUUCAUUAUCAGUUUAUGAGACAGUAUCCCUGUUUGUUGGGAUACCUUUGACUUGGUUAUCCUGAACUGUUUGUCGCCAGGCCCAGAGAAGGGUCGUUACUGAUUAGAUCUUUCAUUCGUCCCUAGUUUCUUUCCAGUCCUCAGCGGCUUUUGGAUGCAGCAGGGCCCACAAUUAUCGACAAGGAUAAUCCCCCUUCACCUGACUCUCCGACUGAGCAGAAAAAAACUGAACUUGAUUUACUGCGACUGUAAGUACAAUAAAUAAAUAUAAACACAUUAUGGUUGUUUGUCUAACGUAUCUCUGAUUGAAUUGGAAUCUGAAGUGCUGGUAUUUUGGAGGGAGAAAAACCGGAAUCUCAGACAAGAUUUCUAAAAGCAGAGUCAAGAGUUACCAAUAGCCUCCACUCACAUAUGAACGCUCGGUCUAAGAAUCGAACCUACGUUACAGAACUUAGAAGCAAUCACCAGCGAAUUGGCCGGAGCACCAACCGAAUUUCCUUGGUAGGGAAAUGAAGAAUAGCUAUAAUAACUUAGUAAACUCCACCAUCCUUAUCUUGUGAUUAAUACCGAUUUUUAGGAGAUUUCAAUCACUGCUGGACUUUCUGAACUGUUCUUAGUGUUGAGUCAAUCUAUAAACAAUUUCCUGAAGCUUCACGCGAUUUUCUAUCUUUUUAAAAGGCUAAGACGUGUCUUCGCAUUAACUGCAGUCCAAAAUAAUGGUCAAGUUUUGUUAUUUUUUAGUCAAGAUUAUAUUUAGGAAUAGAAACUGUUUCCUGUCGUCUGGUGCUAUGGAUGGACAUGGAUUAAACUUGAAAAAGUGGGGCUUAAAUUUUCAAAGUUUUAAUGCUAUGCCCGCAAAAGUCAGCACAAAAGGGCUUCAUGAUGAAAUUUUUAAUGAAACCCUCACUAUACAAGAGCAUUUUCUAUAUGGGUAAAGACGUCAGCACAGAAUUGACUAAAACCAACAAGAUCCUCGUGUCCUGCUCUCUUUAAGUGUUCUGUUUUAAAAUGUUACUACUAUUACUUGCUUCUAGCUUAAUGGACGGCAUCGUUGAAUCAGCCCGCUGCGCCGACAGUACAGUAGUCAGCUGCAGUGUAGCAUGCGUAGUAGCUCUAUUAGGAUCAUUGGAAGAUUUAAGUCAAGGGCGAGGACUUAGUGACGAACAUAUCGAGUUCCUGAGCAAAAUGAAGGAGACUGAUAACUGGGAAAUACUCAAAGAACAGUACAACAACGCUGCGUCGGCCAGGGAAACGGGCAUUUCAGCCAGUGGAAUAGUCAACGGUGCAGAAAGUAUUUAUAGACAGGGAGAUCGAAUCUCUCCAGACGGAGAUAUCGAGUCACUGACGGAACGCUUUGAGAAGAAUGGAGGGGUUUGGGACAGUAUCGAUGGUGAAGUGAAGAAUGACGGUAAGGAUUUAACCUUACUGUCGCACCCCUAAUAUGACGUCAUUUGGAGGUUGUAUUCUUUUAAGUCUAAAAACUGUGGGCUGCAAACGAAUAAACUUUCAAGCGCCUUGUGCUUCUUGUUAGAAAUUUUGACUUGGCAUUAGUUAUAUCUGUAGAAAAUUGCACCCUGACAACCUUUAGACAAUGUUAUUGUCCCGAGCGGGGAGGUUGUACUCAAGAAAAGUUUAGGCAUAAGGUGCCGCCGAGCCCUUCAAUCCCUAACCCUGAUCAAGACAAAAAUUCGUUUAUUUCGCUGCCUGUUUAAGACAGAGACCUGAUUUCAUGAACCUGAUUAUUUCUUUUCGCACACAAAAUUAAGCAUUUUUUUACUGACUAACAUCAUGGAAUUAUACUUUUUUCGAAAAAACGAUGUUGGUACCACACAUUUAGACCGCCUUUCGCCAAGCUUCAUACUCUUCAAGUGGUAGAGGAAAUGCAUGAGUAAUGCUUAUCGGUAUGUUUUGUAGUUUCAGAUGAUGAUCCUGAAAUAAAACCUCUCAUCCCAAAGAGCGUUCACUUCGCCUCUGAGGAUGAAAUCACCAUGUUUGAAGCUCACGAGAGCGAAAAUAUCAAAACUUCACGCACGGCCAUUCCCGCACGUUCAGGAAUUCCUCGCAAGAGCAACCUUCCGAGAAAAGUUGGGCCCAACUACUCCCAGGCUAAUACGAGGACAACGGUAAAACGCUCCUCGUCAUUUGACAGUAAGACGCGUCAAAAGCCUACCAUACAGAAACGUACUAUGAGUGGUGGACCACGCCAGAGGGACCGCGCAGGGUCGGAUGUCGGCGAUAUGUCAGAAAGAAGGCCGGAUUUCCUUUCCUGUAUGGACAAAGACAAUUUAAAAACGGUGAACAAGUUUGGCCUUCGCCGAACUCAGUCUGACAAUGAUAUUUCAGCGAAAAAGAGUUCUCCGAUUCUGGAGCACUUCCAGUUGAGAAGGUCAAAUUCCUGGUCAACUUUGGUUUACCAUAGUGAAGUUACCACUGAUGAGGGUGACAAAAGAAGAAACACUCCACCAAAGAGAUCCAACAGAGGUGGAAUUCCACGACCCCGCGCACACGCUGCAGGUGAUUCUACCCUCAUGUCAAAACCAGGUUUGAGGAAAUGGCCAAGUGAUGGGAAAAGUUUUGAUCCCAUUAACAGAAAAUUAUCUGAUCAAACCCUUUCAAUGCAGCGCAAGUACGUUGAAUCUAAAGCAAAUAAGAUCGAAGCCAGAGAAAAGGCUUUGAGGGAGGAAAAAGAUCGAUCGCCCACGAAAGGCUCCCGACCUACACUUCGGAGAACUCGAUCGGCUUCCGAAUACGAUCGUAAACAAAAUAAUGUCAAUAGUGAUAAGCCGAAGGGAAUUCUGCUCAAAAGCCAUAGUUUAGACGAGCCUGAAAGUUCAAGAAGCACGCAAAUAACACCAAGGAAAAAUACAUCUCAAGGGGUGAAAAUAAAUGGCGUUUAUGUAAAUAAGGAAAAGGAAAAUGUUGCGGCAAAACCGUCGCUGGACAAAAAGAAAGCAAAGGAGGUGAAGAAAAAUGUUGAGGAGAACGAAAAAGAAGGCGCAAGAAACUUUGCUCGCUGUCUUCUCGGUAUUCUACCAUCGGUGUUGAGUCUUUCUGAUCCUGUAGCUGUUGACGAGGCUCUGCAGCAGUUUGCAUCUGACGUCUGUGAGGCGGUCACGUGCAUGGCACUAAAGCGCAAGAAUGUGCCAAACUUCGGUACGCUUCGGGGACGGUCGGAUUUGGUCGAUGAAAAGUCAGGUGAAGGAGCGACGUCGGAUCCAAGCUUCCCUAUCCUCAAUGCGGAUGGUGUUUACGUAACUGUUUACGCAACUAUGACAUUGAAUUUGAAAUUACUCAAAGCUGGCUAUUAUCGAAAGAAAGCAGUAGAACCUGCAAUGAAACAGGUAAUUUAUUACAAUUUAAUUACGGUCAGCACAAAUAUUUGCCUCAUUUACCGCCGGUACGUAGUGGUCCUUUUUCCCACACAACCCGUUAAAGACACACCCUAGUCACCUGGGCCUUCUCGGAAAGUAGUGUGGGUUCUUCAACAUCCUAAUUGAAUGUGAAGGAUAUAAGGCCAACGACUUAGCGACAAGUCCCACGGACGCAGUUUCCGAACAGGCGACUUUUGAGUUCCAAAAACCCUCACUUUCAAAAUGAGGCCAAGUGCACAACCUUUCUUGUGAAAAUGAGUUUUAUUUGCAUGAGAAUGAAAAAUCAUUUUCAUAUCCAAGGCUCAGCACUUAACCUCGUUUUGAUACAGAGGCCCGCGGGAACUCGGAAAUGGCUUACUUGGAAAGUAGGCAUGGUCUUAGUAAUUCCUUGAAAACCCCGUUUCUCUUUUAUGCAAAACCCGCACCUCCUGCUCUGCCGGCCAAAGUUGGGGCCCAUACCAGAGAUCCAAAUAACUCUUUCGCAGAAGAAAAAACAUAGAAUGGCGCGGCGGCAGGGGAUAUUGUGAGAAAAGUGAUUGUAACAAGACCCACUUGAAAAUUCUUCAACCUGCAGGAUGUAGUCAAAAGGAAAAAUGCCCAAGGCACCGCUCCUUAACUCUCCUGGAAACAACAACAAACAGCCUUCAAUAUUUGCCAAGUGAAACUGCUACUUUUCCCAAAACUCUGUCUAGGGGUCUUACAGUUCUUUCCUGGUGUAUUGGAUUAAAAUCCAAAGGUUUUAAAUCACUAUAUAUCAACUUACGGACAUAACUGACCGCCCAUACACAACGUAACUCUCUGCCGAGAGAGAUUAUUAGUCUUUUGUUCCCUGAUUUUUGUGCCUGCAAAAUCCAAACUUCCAGCGCAUAUGCGCAGCACAAAGUUAAAGUUUAGGCAUUUUAGAAAAGAAAGAAAUUUUUGUCCCACUCUUUGUUCCUUAAACCUUUUGAGACUGGCAAUACAGCUAUCGCUUAUCAUUGUAUUUUUUUUUCUUUAAAGGAGGAAUUCAUCGAUAACAUACUCAACAGUGGCGUUCCCAUCGGUCUAUCCUCGGUGUGGCUGGGUGAACUAUAUCGUCUGGUAACAACUUAUAACAUUCUAGGAAAAGCAGGUUACACUUUGGACUCACCUGAUACCAACCGCGCCCUUAUCAAUACAUUAAACGACAACAUGCUCUCUGAAGAUGAUGACAGUCCGUUCCUGCACCACAAGAAUCCCAGCACGUUACCGCCGGCUAAAAGAGAGGGGAUGAAGUUUGCUAGACGUGUGCUAUUAGCUACAUGGGAUUCUGUGUUAGAGAUUCUAUCAGCGCCCUUAGAGACCUCCACUACAGGUUAGUUGACUACUUGUACAAUCGUAAGAGAAAACGUUGUUUCCCGAGGGAUGGAGAUUUUUGUGCCUAGGGUAUUCAAGUUUUUCGCCUUAGAGGCAAACUAAAACUCUUUACAGAAUCCGGAAUCUGCGAAAAUUUUGCUUGUGGAAUCCAGAAUACAGCUCAAAGAAUCCAGUACCCACUAUCGAUUGGAAUCCAGAAUCCAAGUUCCACUGACAAAGACUGGAAUCCAGCACCUGGAAUCCACUAUCGAAGGCUGUCUUGAAUUCCUUUACAUGGGGCGAACAACAUCCAGAGACAGAUAAUUGCUGUCUCGCUAUGAUUAACAAUCAGCAUUUCAUAAAUUGAAAUUGAGUAAAGAUAUUUAAGAUUCGAUUGCAUAGUGAAGUGGGGUCAGACGAAGUUUUCCAUACCUUACUCAAAAAGGAGAUUAAGCAUCUCAUUUAUGCUAAACAGAAAAGCAGAGAUAAGCAUCUGACAGUGAUAAUCUCUCUUUGUUUUUACGUUAAAUAUAAACGUGAAUAAAAGUGCAAAGUUUUCGGAUCGAUGAUCGCCGGCAGCAAACGACAAAUAGCAAUUAAUUUUGGUGGUCAGAGCAAGAAGUGUAGUUUUUAUUCUCUUCAACGUCGUAGAAUCUCUUAUACGUACUUUGGAACGCUCUUUUAUCUCACUCCAGGGAGUACAAAUGGUGUUGGUGUGAUGCUUGGUGGAGAAUCCAAGAGAGAUCACAAUCGUGAACGCGACACGAUCUGUCUCAGCCUGGACGGCCUGCGUCGUGCCGCACGGCUGUGCUGCACGUUAGGAAUUCAAACGCGCUGUGAACUGGUCCUUGCCCAAUUAGCCAAUGCUUCCUGUGGAAUAGAGGGCCUCGAUGGAAAGCGAGGACGAUCAUCUUUUUCAGCAGGGCACAUAAAACUACACGCUGCGCAUGUCUUGAGUAUGGAUGGACUGCUAGCCGUUGGGGUAGAACUUGGGAGCCACGCCCCAAAAUGCUGGAAACACGUGUUCAGGUAGCUUUUACUUUUACCUCUCCACUUUUCUCUGUCAUCAAUCUUGAAUGAGCUGACAUGCUAUCGCUUGGCAUUUAAUGGAGAUUAGGUCGUAGUUUUUGCAAAAUGUAGGCAGUGAUUUAUAGUCACAAAUGUAUUGGCCUCCUGGCCCGUUUAGCAGUGUUACUGCUUUGAAUGUUUUGAAAAUUGUGAUUAGUUUUACUCGAAGUAAGCAGUUGCGGACCUUUACUGCCCGUUAUUUUUUAUAUCCAAACCAAAUAAAAAAAAACUACAAUGUUUGAUUAUCUUACGAACUGUAAUGAAAAGACUUAGUUACAGAGUAACCUAAUUUUCUCUCUUUUAGAUGCUGCACGUUCAUAUCACAAUUGGAGCGCGUUAAUUUUAGCAAUGGCGUCGGAGAACAGACUUCGCUUGGUGCAAUACCGAACUCUGUCCGAAUAAAUAACGACAUAUCUUCGCCUUUUUCUGAAUCUUCAAGUAUUUCUGACUACCUUUCCGGUGACCUUUCGCCUAAUGGCAUGAUCCAACAGAAUUCCGGAGGUGGCCUGGACAACACGCCAUCUAACAACGGACUGUUGACUCCAGCCGAUGCCUCUCGGGCAAUUUACGCUCUUUCGGCCGCUGUGGAUCGACUUUUUGAACACGCCGCUAACACGCUUCACCUUGAGGGCCUAUUGUCUUUCCUCGAAGCCUUGGUUUUUGCUUCAAAGAGUCAGCUCUAUGGUUCCGUUGAUAAAGGUACAAAUUCUCCUGGCGGAGUUUCUGGUAACAAUCAAUCGCCGUCUUACAGCACAACCUUGCAUCUGUAUCGACUAGCCGAUGUGAUACUCAGAAGUGCCCGCAAUACUAGUAGACCGCUGUUGCAUCUCAUGAGAGCAUGGGCAGUAAUAUCACCGCAUUUUGUCGAGGUUAGUGGAAUUGAUUAAACUUUCUUCUUGUGUAGGACGUUUUUGAGUGGCAGUUGACCCCAAAACGUGACGCAAAGCUUUGUUGUUUAAUUCCUUUUUCAAAAUGUCAACAUAUUUCCCGCUAUCCUGCCAGGAAUGAAAUGCAAGUAACCUUCACGCUUCUCUUCCCAAUCCCGAAUGUUAACUGCCUUGCCAGCCACCACAACUUUUAAAUGUGAUUUUUUUUUUGAAAACCUUUCUUUCCUUAUUUCCGUUUAUUUGCUACGAACUCUCGAUAACUCGAACUCCCGAUAACUCAAACUUUUUUCGAUUUCUUGAAGGUUCGAGUUAUCGAGAGGCGACUGUAUGAUAGGCGACAAAUAUUUUUGGACACUUUGCUCUAAAGGGCCUUUCUAACGUUUAGCCGGGAAAAAAAUCAACCUUUCCUUCCCAACCACUUCCAAGCAAUGUUGAGUCACUAUGUGAACGAUUUGUGAGGAACAUAAAAUAACCCAAACUUGAAUGAAGGGAAGAAAGGGUCGGUGCGCAGAGUGUUGUGUUCUCCGAAGUACCCCAUUUAAUGACAAUCUCUCAUCAAUUUUUUCACCGAUUCUAGCCAGUGCACAAUUUGCAUUUAAAAGUUUGUGAUUGAAAGUCGUGGCAAUAUUUCAAGACCACCCUUCCCCACGCGGUUUCCGACUACAAAAAAAAAAUAUUGCAGAGGUGCUCACAACGCAUAUAUAAAACUCACAAGUUCAUUCUUGCCGGAAGUGUAAGUAAAAACAAAGCUGAAUGCAAGGCUGGCAUUACGACAAGGGACUGAUUUAUUUGAGGCAAAUACUCAGACUAACAAAAUUAGCCUUUCUUAAGACCAUGCAGGGAUGCCUUGAAAGCAAUUGACAGCCUGAUAUACAGGCGAACAAUGUAUUAAAUUACAUAGUAAAGGUAUAGUUCAACUACCUUUUCUCAUUACCGUGGUGGUGACGCUUGGCUGCCUUAUGACCCCAAAAGCUAGGCUGGCCAGGUUUCACCCCUUGUAGCCAAUGUGGAGUGGUGAAGGGUUAGGAGCUACACUAAGGAAACCCCCUGGCCAUCUAUUCUUUGGAUUUCGCGUGUUACCUCUCAUUGUAAAAAAUUUAGUUUGUGAUGGAAACAGAAAACGUUACACGUUUCCCCCUUGAAGAUAAAGAAUUGAUAGUGAUAUUGAUGAUGAUAAUGAUGAUGAUGAUGAUGAUGAUGAUGAUGAUGAUGAUGAUGAUGAUGAUGAUGAUGGUUGUCUACACAGGCUGCCUCUCACAGCGACAGACACAUAUCCAAGCUAGCCAUCACGUCCCUUCAAGACAUAAUGACAGAGCUUCUUAGCAACCGCAGCGAACUCCCUCACUUUUGGUUCCACGAGGCGUUGUUUAAGCCCCUAGAUGGAAUCAUGUCGUCACCGAAAUGUACCGAAGAGGAACAAGAACAGGUAAGGAGUGAAAACGUUUUUUCGUCGUUUUAUACUCUUUUAUCAAGACUCGAAUGCGUUGUCUAAAACCUCUAUAGGAGAAUCUCUGUGUACUAUUUUGUUCUUUAUUAGUAUAAAAUUGUUAUUUCCCAGUUAGGCUUUCAAGGACAUAGCACCGUUGUCUCCCUCUGAAACGUUUUGUCUAAUUUAUAAAAGAAUAUGCCAAAAAAUAUUUGAUGUUAAAGGUUGGAAAUUUUGAAAAGAAUGUAUGAACCCUUUGAAAAUUUUGCCACCGAGAAAUUUUUAUUCUUUGAUGACUGAUAUUUGCUUAAGUAAUAUACGCAAUGAAAUAAUUAUUGCAAAGGAUACUUACCGAGCUCUUUCAGUUAUUGAACUCAAUCCGGCUUAUUUAGCGUUUUUAAUUACUUUGCUAUGAAAUACUUAUGUUAAUGAAGUCAACCAAGAGAGUCGUGCAUUAUCCUUUCUCUUGCCUCAGAAAAGAUUCGUAAAUCAAGAGAUCAUAUUCUCUUGACCUAGACGAUGUGUCUUGUCUGAGAACGUAUUUUUCUAUGAAUGAGUAUUUCAUUGAGUGACCUUGCAACCCCUAUUCUUACCCCAAAUUCACUUCCCCCUUCUAAUCCUAGCUUCCCCCUUUUCACCCCAUACCUGCAGACACAUGUGUAUUUGAGGUGUACAAAGUCAAUGAAAAUCCUGGAUCUCAUAACGCUAUUAUAAAUAAAGCUGAAACUGAAAUAAGGAAAGAAUAAGAAUUGACUGAUUUUCUCUCCUGUCAGAUAUUAACAACCAUUUCCCAGCUCGUGGAGACACAUCUAAGUAGCAUCAAGUCUGGUUGGAGACCAAUAUUUUCUGCCCUGCGUUUUAUGCCAAUCUAUCCCCGCAAGUUUACAGACGCCCUAGAGCCGUAUCGCAGACCUCAACGAGUUCUCGACAUUCUCUCAGCGUUUCUUAACAACAAAAACUCGUCGGUUUUCGCAGCUGCCGCCUUGGAGUGCAUCCAAACGCUGCUCAAGUUUGUUCGUGGCUCGGAUUGUGAUCAAAACUACCAAGGUAGUCGAAGUGAUUCUGACAACAAUGAAAGUAGUGACAAGGGAACAGUCAACGACAUGUGUCUACCGGCCCUGCAGGAUCUUUUGACCAUGUCAAAAAAACUGGGUUCUAUCUAUAUAAUGCCUUCAAGUCUGGUAUUUCACGGUUCUCAUAAUGUUCGUUUGGUGGAACAUGUACCUGAAUAUCCAGGAACUCCUAGCCCAACUUCAAGUUCCGUUAAGCCAAAUGAAUCAAACAAUCAGAAAGCAAAAUCCCAAACACCCACUAUGACGUCCGCGGCUUCUAUCACGUCAAUCGAUGACACCGGGGUACUUCGAGUAUGGUUCCUUUUGCUAGACGGGCUCACAAAAGUCGUCGCGCAGUGUCCUUGCAAAUAUCAGCCCCAAACCUUAGAGGUGUUGUUUGAUAUUCUGCGGUCUAUUACAACCGUUCCAGGCCCUCACUUUUCAAUCUAUUGCAUUACUAAUCUACUGCUACCCAUGUUGGAGUCGUGGGUGGAAAGAGGUAAUAGAGAUGGCAGCUACUGGGAGAGUACAGCAGGGAACUUUAAACACUCUUGCGGACUUGUCACAGAGCUAGUAGUCGAAGAACUGGGCCAGUUCUUAAGCGUUCAAGGUAGACUUCUUUAAUUGAAUUUCGUAUACAGAAAGCGUUUUGUGAAAAGUUUUAAGUGUUAAAUUAAUUAGGGUGAAUAUCAACAUUCGGGGGAGGGUAGACUCGAAAAGGACUAUUGAUGACUGAAAUCCUGUGCCGAAGCUAUAGGGGAGCAACAAUGGCGCAGUGGUGAGAGCACUCGACUCCCACCAGUAUGGCCCGGGUUCAAAUCCCGGCGUCGACGCCAUAUAUGGGUUGAGUUUGUUGUUGGUUCUCUCCCUUGCUCCAAGAGGUUUUUCUCCGGAUACUCCGGUUUUCCCCCUCCUCAGAAACCAGCGCAUUUCCAAAUUCCAAUUCGAUCUGGAACGCACGGACACGUUUAAACGUGUUCUCAAGAACUCUUAAGUGUUUCGUGGGUAAACAGAGUGCAUUUUUUUUAACAUAGGCUGAUGACGAAUUUCACACAGAUUGUCCCGAUGCCUUCUUUCACUAUAACAAUCAAUCUUCCUAUUCAGGACUACACUCACCCGGACGUAAAAAUUCAACCUACCUACGUUAUUACUCUUGGGUAAAAACCAUUAGCAGUGUAAACACGAAAUUUUGUGUCUAUCUUUUACAUAGUACAGCUAUCUUGUCAGCUGUUUCAACCAUCGCCGCACAUAUUUUCCAGUGCGCUAAAAUGCCUUCCGAGACUUUUAGCGUCUGUCGAGCUGUGGUCUUAGUACCAGUUUACCAGGGGUGUAAACACUCCCUUUUUCUGUCUCCUAUUUCUUUCCCUUGCUCUUUAAGGUGCAGCUGAAUGUGUUCCGGAGAUGAUGAAACAAACUCUUGAUCUUCUGUUGGAAUGUGUAUCUCAGCCUGUAGAGGGAAUAGCACGUCUUGGAUGUUCCUGUUUAAGGUAAACUAGCUUCUAUUAAGCCUUCCGGUCACUGGUUCGGCUUCUCUACCAUUCUCUACCUGACUGAGUUACAGGAUACUCGAAGGAUCUAAGGCCAAUAAACCGAAAGUGAACCGAAGCAGCGGUGGGUAACAAACGAAAUGUCGUUCAAGAAUGCGUACGUUGAUAAUGUAUAUUACAGCUAUUUGUGUUAUAUUUCUGAUUAAGCUACAAUGAACCAGGAACAAACGCGCUUAGGGCUAUUAAACUAGGUUCAUAUUACAAGGAUUCCUGCAUUCCGCUGGGCUUGUAGGGUAUGUCGAUAGGUGGCAUAUGAUGCUUUUAUUCAAGAAUUAUAAAGGGGCGGUUCCUUAACAUUGUUAUGUGUCUUGCAUCUUUUCUUGUGUUAUCCCAUGUCAAAUAAGGAAUGCUUUUUAUAUGAAUGACUUUAUUUAUGACAUGUUUUGAUAUUUUGCUCCGCAAUGAUAGGAAGAGCCAACGACAAUUUUUUUUGAAUUUCACCUUCCCACAAGCGGAACAACAUUAUAUUACGCGGCAUUUGAUUUGGUGCUCCAACAAUAGAUUUUUUGCUCCCCUCUUCUAUUUACUUGAGAGGAGCCCUUUAGUUUUGUUCAAGGCUAAAGCGGUUUACGAGAGAGUUUUCCCUCCAGGAAUGGCUAAGUACACUCACAACCUCACAACCCGACCAUUUUUAUUCCUCUAUCUAGACAUCUUUUACUCUCGGGAGGACCUGUAUUCACAGAGGACCUGUGGCUCAUUGUUAGCGAAGGCCUCAGGGAGGCAGUGCACACAACGCUCUCAAAUCUGAGGGACCUAGUGGCGUGCUUCCAGCCAGGAUCUUUCAGUGUACACGGAGACGAGGGCAUGACCGUCAGGGUUGUUGCUCGGCGUGAUGUCUUAACGGCCGAUAUAAUACGACUACAGCAAGUGGCGGAGCAGGUAGUUCAUUAGUGAUUGAUUAGUUUUUCCCUAGGAGUGCCUCUCUUCGCCGGCAUUAGUCUCUGUGCAUCUUAAAACCCAAUUCGUCCAUUCAAAUCCUGUGAACAAAACAAAUACAUCCUAACUACUUUAGUUAAAGUGCGGCUUUUAACAACAAAGAGCACCAUUCACUGGAAAUAUAUUCCUAUUUUCUCAAUCAGGUCUUCCUGCUAGACAGUCAAGUAAACAAUCCUUCUACCCUUCAACAAGAAACGCAUGGGCCCGCAAACGAAGAAGACGACCAGCGGUCUUACGUUUUUGUAUUGUCGUCAGUAGAGAACAAAGAAAAGCCAGAGAAUGCAGAAAGGUAUUUAGCUUUAUUGAAGCUAGAUCACGUCGACUUACUUGAUAUGUUAACCUUAAUUCCAGUCACUUUUCGCUCAACUGUAGUAUUUUCUCGCGGUUUAUGCAAGUGAGACGCUGAUGACUGAUUGAAACCAAGAAACUAUAAAUUAAGGCCUGCACUUAGAAAAACAUUUAGCUUUAUUGUGUAAUAAGGAUCAUAACGGAAUGAAAGUGCGGCAAAUCACCUCAGUUCUAUCCAAACGAUUACGAUCAGUCCAAUCGUCUGGGUAAUCCCGCGUUUCAGAGGCAUUUCCAUGGCCCGAUCACAUACAGAGGGCACUGGGUAAGAAUUCGUGUACUAUGGGUCUAUUCAACUUAAGACUGACAUAGUCAAAAAUAGUACAUCAGGCUUAACAAAAUCACCAAGUUUGGUAUUUUCAAAACUGAUAUCGAACAAGAUAAAAACAAUCAAAAAGUUAAAAUUAAAGGUAAUGAAAUGAAUGGAUUACAGGACUCAUUGUCCAGAUGACUAUAUAUAACUAUAUAUAUCAUAGUAAACUUUGGAGUCUUUGAAUGGUGUAUCUCGUUACGCAGUUCGUAGUUGUCUAAUCUGUUAAGUUGAGUGACAUAAGUUGUAAACGGCUUGUUUUAGAUUGUACCACCGACUUUAUUUACCAAAGUUUUUCCCUACAAAUUAAUUGUUCUCAACUUGUUUCUAGGGUUCCUCUCCGUGGUUUACUUGUCAGUCUGCUAUCCCAUCAGCUCUUGCUACAGACCCUUGGUUCCAUUCUCCUCGACAACGCGGAAAGCGUCAUGGCUCAUAGUUCGAUGCUAGGCAGCCCGUCCUCGUCGUUAGAGAGCUUUAGUAAUGAAGCGCCUGAGGCGAGUCUUCCAGGCCUCUUAUCGUAUCUCUCACCCGCUAACCUUUCAGUGUUGUUUGAUUGCCUGAUGGAAUCACACAGUGUUGCGUAUGAGUUCAAUGCUCGACCUGGUCUGCGUUCAUUAAUACAGAAGCUUGCUAAACUGGACGCACCGGCCAAUCUCUUGCGGCAAUCUACCACUGCCUUUACUUGUUACCUUCACACGCUGUUUCAGAUUUGUAGACAUAGUGGAGAACACUUUUCCAGCUCGCAUAUAAAGCGUAUUUUGACUGGAGAUCGGGUUACUAACAACCAGGAAAAAGAAGACGAUGUAGCCAAAGAAGACGCGUCAGGAUCACCCGCGCGACAUAACGAUCUGCUGAAAGGUGAUCGUAACAUGGAUUGGAUUGUGCGGCGAUUGAACGAAGCUUGUGAUCAGCUAAGCAGCGUUUAUGUUCGUCUAUACAACCAGUACAAAAGUGACGCGCAAGGUAGCAUGACCUUUGAAGUUGAGCUUGAAAGAAGCAUGUCUUUGUCAUCCACCUCGUCACCAGCUCGCGAUGUGUCAAGCUGGAGCCACAACAACGGUUAUGCGGACAAAUCGUUGAGUUCUCCACUUUCGAAAACUUCCCCUACUUGGAGGAAAAUCCCAUCUUCGGAAAAAUUCCCGCGGGAUAUGAAAUCUAAGCACAUUCAACAGCUUCCCGAGGACGACAUGCGCAUGAUUGAGCUUGAAAGACAAUUCUUGAAGCGCAAAGAGGACGAACUGCUGCAAGUAAACAUAUGGACCAAUUUAGUUAUCACAAUGCUUGAACUUCUCUUAAAUUUACCAACACUACAGUUCAAGGCAGUCUUGCCAGCGGUCUUCCCCGCAGUAACAUGCUUGAUAUCUACCGGCGCCGACACCAAAGUCAAGCAGUUAGUUUGCGAAGUGGUGCGGCGAGUAGGGUCUAUAUAUGGCAUUUUAUAACGUCUUUUGUCAUUCAGUAAUGAGACUCCAUGAGGAGACAAAAACUUCUUUGAAAAACAAAGGAUAUUUUCAUUUGAGAUCGCCAGGUGAUUGAUAAAUUGGUUUAACCUAGAAAGUACGAAUUCAUAAGGGGUGGUGGCACCCAGCUAGAAAAUUUCUUUAAAAUUAAACUGAAUUGUUUGCUGGACGGAUAAUUAUACAAAUAGCUGACUAGCCUUACUUAAAAUCACCAUCAUGUAGAACAUAAAAACAGUUACAAAGGUGUCAUUAAUGCAGAAACAAGUAAUUGGACUGAACCUUGAGAUUCAAGUCGGGUUCACGUUUUCAAGCUUAUUUGGAUUCAGAGAGGAAAAAUCGGCCAAAAACCAUUCAUUAUUGUUUCCUUAGGUAGUGAACUGAUAUCUCUCUGCUUUUCCUAGUCGCCCUGCCUGCAGUGGUGAGUGUACUUUCACAAUUCCACAGAAGUAUGAGUUCAGAUAUGUUACAUUGUAGUUAACUGCCGCAGAAAUUUUGCAGAGCAUUAGCUCCCGCUACACUGGACAUUUAUGGGACCGUGUAAAUAAUCAAUGUGAAUUAGGAUUAAAUACUAAUGAUUGCUACUUAAACUACCGAUUGUUUCUCAAACGACCCCAAAAACCCUCGCCCGGAAACCUUUUGCCCGAUAGUCAUGAAAUGUCUAGAGAGUGAUGGUUCAACAAAGUUUUUGUCCUUUGUUGAGGUUACUGGCAAUAUAGUCAACUUUAGCCAAGGGUUGAGAGAAUUUUGAAUAAACUUUUCUCGUCUGCAGACAUGCACCUAAUUAAAAUGUGUAGUCACAACCAACCAAAACAGUCUAAAAAAAAGUAAACCCAAAUGCAUGUUUAAAUUUUAA